AUGGCUACCGCUCAGGAAACCCCUGCCCACCAGCUGCAGCGCGAGCAGGCUGAGGCCGAUCAUCACCCACACUUGAACGGAUUGUCGUUGACCAACGACAAUGUCGCUGGAGCUGGCAUCACCGAAAAGGACUUCGUAGAGAAGCCCAUGACCGCUAGCUCUAGUACCUCGGUCCGCGACAUCGAGAUUGACGAUGGUCUUGGCGGUGUCAAGCCCACAGCAGAUGAGCUCUUGACUCUGCGCAAGGUUGGCGAGCCUCUUCCUAAAUCCGCCUUCUUGGUCGCCAUUGUCGAACUUUGCGAGCGUUUCACCUACUACGGUGCCUCCGGUAUCUUCCAGAACUACAUCCAGCGUCCGCUCGAUGGAAGCGAGGGCCGUGGUGCGCUCGGCAUGGGACGCCAGGGUGCCACUGGUCUUUCCACCUUCUUCCAGUUCUGGUGCUAUGUCACGCCUAUUCUUGGUGCCGUCAUUGCUGAUCAGUACCUCGGAAAGUACAACACCAUCGUUGUCUUCUGUGGUGUUUACAUGGUCGGUCUUCUUAUCCUUACUCUCACAUCUAUCCCCGCAGCUCUGCAGGGAGGCGCUGGUCUUGGUGGUUUCAUCGCUGCCAUCAUUGUUAUUGGUCUUGGAACUGGAGGUAUCAAGUCCAACGUUGCUCCCCUGAUUGCCGACCAGUACAAGCGUCGUCAGAUGGUUAUUGGCACCGACAAGAAGACUGGCGAGCGUGUCAUCAUCGACCCUGCGAUCACCAUCUCCAGAAUCUACAUGAUCUUCUACUGGUGUAUUAACAUCGGCUCUCUGUCUCUGCUUGCGACUCCUUACAUGGAGCGCGACGUCGACUUCUGGUCCGCCUACCUGAUGUGCUUGUGCGUCUUCUUCAUCGGUGCACUCAUCCUCGUUCUUGGUCGCAAGGUCUACGUCGUCCGCCCGCCGCAGGGUUCCGUCAUCACCAACGCUUUCCGCGUGAUGGGUCAAAUGAUCAAGGGGCGCAAGAUGGAUGCCGCGAAGCCUUCCUACCAGGCCGCUCUUGGAAAGCAGCCCACCGCUCUCUGGGACGACCACUUUGUUGAGGAGGUCAAGCGUGCUCUCGUUGCCUGCAAGGUCUUCUGCUUCUACCCCAUCUACUGGGUUGUAUACGGCAACUUCUCCAACAACUUCGUCACCCAGGCUGGCCAGAUGUCCGGUCACGGCAUUCCCAACGAUUUGAUGCAGAACUUCGACCCUAUUGCCAUUAUUGUCUUCCUGCCUAUUAUGGAUCAGUUCUUCUUCCCUCUCCUCCGCAAGCACAAGAUCAACUUUCCUCCUAUCAACCGUAUCACCGCUGGUUUCUGGGUUGCUUCCCUCGCCAUGGUCUACGCCGCCGUUAUCCAGCACUACAUCUACAAGGCCGGUCCCUGUUACGGACAUCCGCUCUGCGCUGCUAGCGAGAUCGAUGGUGUUGCCCAGGGCAACAACAUCCACAUCGCUACUCAGACUGGUGCCUACAUGCUCAUUGGUAUCUCUGAGAUUUUCGCCUCCGUCACUGGUCUUGAGUACGCCUACACCAAGGCGCCGCCCAGCAUGAAGUCUUUCGUCCAGUCUAUGUACCUGCUCACCAACGCUUUCGGAUCUGCUAUCUCUGAGGCUCUCAACCCUCUUCUUUACGACCCUGCGAUCAUGUGGAUGUUCUGUGGUCUGGCUGUUGCUUCGUUCGUUGCCGGUGGCUUGAUCUGGAUUCUGUUCCACCACCUCAACGACGAGGAGGAUGCUAUGAACGCCCUUGACCAGGAUUACGACAAGGACCCUACCAUGCGCAGGAGCAGCAUCCACGGUGACCGCACUGUUGGCAUGCACUCCCAGCACGAAGAGGAGAAGGCCGCCACAUACGCUUAG